AUUUCAGGGGGUAGCCCCAAAAAAGUCCGGAUUUGGACCACCCUAGUGAACACGGCUACCGAAGACAAUGUAAAGUUUAACUGAAGUACUAACUACAGUUAUACAGUUAGUUCGCGGCCAAGUUAUAUUUUGCAGGGAACAACUGCCCAAAAGCUAAUAUUGAUGUUAUACAGUUAUUUUAUAUGGAAAAUCCGUUGUUCUUAUGUUUGGAAGUUUAGAUGUUGAAUGAAAAUUGAAACUACUACUACUAAGAAUAAAAUACUUACUCAGCAUAGCGGUCGGCGAACCUCGCACAGAGGGCCUGGGACUCCUUGUCCACGUCUAUUGUAUGGAGGUCGGAUCUGUUUUGGUCUAGGUUUCGGUUGCCAUUCUCUGCUGGUUCCUCGGGAAGAUAUUUGUCGAUGCCGUUCUCCGUAAUUUUGGACGCUAUUCGCUUCAUCACUCCCUUGUCAAAUGACGUGAACUUGAACGAAUCGAGGUUAGAGCCGGGAAAUAGCUUAUCGCGACUGCUUCCUAAAAUAAUCAACGGUGGCAUUGCGGGUAUUAUCGGUGUAUCUUGCGUGUUUCCGCUAGAUUUGGUUAAAACUCGACUGCAAAAUCAACAGAUCAAAUCAAAUGGAGAAAAAAUGUAUACAUCCAUCAGUAUCAGACACAUUCCCCAGCGACGAAACAUUGUGGCUGAUAGCUCAAACAUUUUAAAAUAAAGCCGCGCGCGUACUUUAAAGUGCAAUUGUAAGCGUAAAUACACACAGUAUUAUGCAGUGCUACGUGCCGACCAUCUGCACCACCUUUGGAAUUGGCUCGAAAAAGGUGGACGCAGCUUUA